AGGUUAUAGCUUUAGCUUUUGCUGGGGGAAGCGCUGAUUGGCGCGUCGGCGUCACGUGGGAUGCGGAGCAACAAGUUGAUGUUGCGGAGAAGUUUGUGAGGCGAGUGUGAGGCAGCGGGAACGGGACUGACACCGAGAGACUCUCCCGUAAUCAGGAUCUGAUUGAGAAGAUCUGGCACAAACCCAGCAGCUCAUUGGCUGUGGCCCCAGUGACCCUACAGGUUAGAGUGUCAUCACAGCACCCCCCCUCCAGGCUCAGUCUCAGCAUAGAGCCUCUGUCUCCCCCGUCCUCACACUACUCCCAGCGCAACUCCCGGGAACCAGCAGAGCAGGGAGUCACAGCAUUAGGGAAAGCUCUCCUUUUAUGGAAUUCUUGUAAACAAACAUAGGGACAGGGUGGAUCUAGAACAAGAUGUCGGGUGCAGCGGAGAGCAGGGACUCAGAGAAUAACUGGGUGAUCACUAAUAAUGAGGGCUUCCCAGUGGAGACUUUAGGGGCCUCCCAAACUGCCACCUCCCAAGUCCAACUGGAGGAGGAAUCCGUCGCCUGUGAUACUGACACAGACCAAGGAGCCACACAGACAGAUGGGUCGGCUGUUUCCAGAGGCAGUGAGGAGACCCCGCCUCAGCCUGCUGCCACCCUCACCAAUGAGGAGCAGUUGUUCAUUGACCCUGAGGUGCCUGAAAUACCUGCCCCCGAGCUGGAGCCGCUGCACCCCAAGCCCAGCUCAGACGUGCCAAGGAACGUGGAGACUUUCCUUGCCAGGCUCAGCCAUUACUUCCAUGCCAGCUGGGGAGGAUUGAGGAGCUGGGGGCGGCACUCCCAUAGUGCACCAGAUGAGGAGCUGGAGGAGGUGAGCUGCUCUAGCAGUGAAGAAGAUGUGGAGGGGCUCAGGAAACGUGCAGUGCGGGGGGCUGCGCCACUCAAUGUUGCUCCUAGUGCUGCCAGAGAGACCCCAGAGCAAGAGACAGACAUGACACUCAGCUUGACUCUCAACAAGUGCAUCAUCUCUGCCCUGGCACUCCUAGCCCUCGCAUUCCUGCUCUUCUCAGGCAGCGGAAUGAUGACAGAGGAAGACCCCUAUGAGAGUGUGCAGCUGCGCAGUGUGAGUGGAGGGGAGACACCGGCUAUUGUAGCCAUACAGGAGUGGGUGAAGCAACACGCAGCGGAUUUUACCGGGGAUCCUGGGAAUUUACAAGUAAUGAACAGCCUUCUGGACAAAGUGGCCAAGGAAAACCAGGAAAUCCGGCUUGUGCAGGCCACACUGCAGGCCCAAAAAGAGGAACUGGAAGGGAUGUUAAAUGUCAGUGAAGGGGAAACCACAACCGCUGCUCCUUUACAUCAUGACUUUAAGCAAGAGAAUGUGAGACUGAAGGAGGCGCUGCUGAAGGAAGAGACAACGCAUCUCUCUGCCCAAGAGGAACUGCAGGCCCUGAAAGAGAAAGUGGAGGCCAUGGAAGGGAGCACGGAGGGGAAGGAGGCUCUCACCUUAGAGAACACAAAGCUGAAAGCAGAGCUGGACUCCUCCCAAAAUCAGAUCGUAGGCUUUCUCUCCCAAAAGGAAACUCUUGUGGCGGAGUCACAGAUGCUUCGCCAGGAGCUGGACAAGCAGAGACUCUUACUGACCUCCAUCAGGACAGACCUGGAGAAUCUGAAUACACAGUUGGCAGAGCCUGAGGAUGAGCAGCAACUGCCUGCAAAAAUCUCCGACAUGAGCAGCCGACUGGCCCUGGAGCUCCAAAGAUCAGAAACCUGGGAGAAGAAGUAUGAUGAGCAUGCCCAGAAGAGGAAGCAACAAAUCAAAGAUGAGAGGAGAGACCAUGGUCAUAAAGAGUGGAAGAAGGGGGAAAAAUUACGGAGACCUGAGACUUCAUUAUCAAAUGGGGAGUUCACCAAACACGAUCACUCCUCAAAACACUGGAGGGAUCAGGGUAAGGAGUCUCAGCAUGAAGAGUGGAAAAGAAAGAAGUAUGAACAGCAAGAGGAUAGGAGGGAGGAGAAGAAAUACCGGCCAUGGGAGAGAGAGCAGAGGGACAAAGAGAGAGACCCAAAACAGCACCAGUACGAGACCUCUGAGAGGGACUGGAAGGAAAAGCAUCACCAGCCUCAUGAAGAGACAGGGGGCAAUUUCCACCCUCGCAAAGGACAGAGAGACUUCAAGAGCCAGAAGCAGGAGGAGAAGAACAGCCAACAGAAAGAGCAAGAAGACCAAGCACAUGGGAAGGACUCUCAUCACCGACACCACGACCACAACAAAUUCUGGAAGAAACUGUCUGAUCACCAGUACCGCAUCCCUGAAGGCUGCUCCGGAGUGGAAGAGUGUGCCAGGAAGGACGGCAUGGAUCUGUUUAACGUGGAACUGAAACCAGUUCAGAGGAAGCAACUGGAAGAUGUUCUUCAUAGUUACCUGGCCAAAGUGGAGCUCUCCAAGACCCUCCCAGAGCUCCUCCCACUUCUGGACGGCUUCUUCGAUGGGCCCGUCUUCUCCCACCACAAGAUCCGCUUCCGGGACUUUGUAGACGACAUGGAAGACUUCCUGGAGGAAUUAGCGAGGAGAGAGACUGGGGACGACGAUAUUGUGGAUGACUUUGAGAGAUACGUCUAUACCAGCUUCUUUGGAGAUGCCGCUCUCAGCAAGAAGAGAUUGGCUGCCAAAGAUCACAAGAAGAACCAGCCUGAAGCGAAAAAUUACCCCAAACCCCAUGAUAAAACGCAAGAGAGACAUAUUGAGAGGCCCCCAAAAUCAGCGUAUCCCGAGGGGGAGGCCCAUGCCCACCAUAACCGUAAGUACCACAAAGACAAAAGCCACGGGGAGCGAUAUCAGAAUGAUAAAUACAAUGCAGGCAAAGCACGUCAUAGGGAGAAUGAGCAAUCAAAUUACCCUCAUGGGGCAUCCUCUGACGAGGGGCAGUUUCACAAGCACAAACCCCACUAUGAGAAGCAAGUGAACCCCGAUUAUGAGUACACGCACCAGGACUAUCAGCAUGGGGAGGAGCAUGGCAAGAAGUACGGCAAAGAGAAGUACCCACAGGGGGAUAGGCAGGCGUGGGGCCAGGGCAAAGACUAUGCCCAUAAACACCAACACAAACAGUACAACCAGCCCCACUAUGAGAAGCCCAGGGAGCAAGCCCACCUACACCCCCAAAGCCAUAAGCCUUGGAAAGAACACGGCCCCCCUGCACCCUACUACAGCAAGGAGGAAUGGUCCGGCCACAGGUACGAGGAUCCUACACGGAGCCCGAAAUGGACAAAGGAUGGUCAGUACCACGACAAGCACCACCACAAGGAGAAGCACCAGCAUCACUGGAAGGAGGAGAAGAAGUCCGACAGGGAGAGAUAAAGAGCCGGCAGCUGAUUAAAGGGAAAGCUAAACCUUAUAAUGGUGGCCAGUUUAUUGCACUGAGUUACUCUGUUCUUGCCUCUCUGUGUCCCCAUUAUGGAAUUAGGAAACUUGUACUUUACGUAUAGGGAACAGUCACACUGACCUUGCUAUUCACAUGCCUCAACCCCCUUGUGCCUUGUAACCCCCCUUUAUAUCUGCUCUCCCACCAGUAAUACUGCUCCGUCCCCACAAUGUUCUUUUGUUAUAAAUCUUAUUGGGUGGGACCCCCCGUGUGUAAGAUGAUGCCGUGUCCAUUUACCCAAAAACCUCAAGUCUCUCACCAGUGUCUUUAUAUUUGUAUUCAGCUUCUCAGCCAAUCAGAAUCGGCGGUUCCUUUGUGCUCAUGAUGUUUGUACCCAGGCCUGACCCCAUGUCUGAUGUUCUGCCCCCUGACAUAACCUGGGGUGCCCAUAUCUGUCCCACAAUAUCCUAUAGGCACAACAUGCCCAGUGUCUCCAGAGCAAGAGACAACACUUUUAUUGCUGCAGCUCCACAAUAGGAAUAUCAGCUGUGGCCCCUAGUCAUGAGGAGCAGCAGGGGCCACUCCAUGUAACGUGUGCAUUUGUCUUCUACUUCUAAUUACACCAGUGUCUGGGUAAUGACUUGUGCCAGGCCCUGUGCCCCUCAUGUACACACAACUCUGCAUUAGGGGCGUCUCCUUCUGAGUGUCGUCUGUUCAUUAGAUUUAACCCCCAGCUGAACCUCUGCUUUACUGCACUGUCACAUCAAAUAAUAAAGUAGUGAGGAAUUGUG